UGACUAAAUGCACAUUAUUAAUGGUCCUCGAUGAAACAAUGAGAAACGAAACGAGAACGUCUCCUCCAGUAAAAGCUGCCGGUCCCUUUAAGACGAUGUGCGCGGAGAAGUUCAAGUGGGGGUCAGCCGAAGUUCCUGCCCUCCGUGUUACCUUCUUCGCUUUUAUUACAGACUGACAUCACACUGGAGGCGAGCUCACACAGGCUCCAUUAUCAUCACCACCGCCGACGCCGCUCUGUGCGCGCGUUCUUGCCGCUCCAAAAUAGCAGAGGAAAUUAGUAGAAGGGGGAAGAAAAAAAAAUAGGGAGGAAACUGAUGCUUUUUUGGUUUGGAUAGGAGGGGAUGAGAAAAGAGAGGAGGGGCAGAAGGAGAGAGCGAGAGAAGGAGAGAGAGAAAAGUGGGUGGGAGGGAGGACGAACGUGAGCCCGCUGACGAGAGCUUUCCUAUCAAUUAAUAAUGAUAAAAAAGAGCUGGUGAAAAGGACGCUGGCAUGGCUCUGUGGAGGCUGGCACUCAGGACGUCAGAUAUGACUGCAGCAGCCUGCUGACAUGAUCAUUGAGGCAGACUCGGAUGGGAUGGCAGCAGACAUCGGGCAUGCAGGUGGCGGACUGAAGACGAUGCUGGAUGCCAUGGAAGUACCAAGUCACGCGAGGGAUCUCCUCCUGCAGCUUAACAGCCAACGCACCAAAGGAUUCCUGUGCGAUGUCAUCAUUGUGGUGCAAAACGCUCUCUUCCGGGCACACAAAAACAUUCUGGCGGCCAGCAGCCUCUACUUGAAGUCCUUGGUGGUCCAUGACAAUCUCAUCAACCUUGACCACGAGAUGGUGAGUCCUGGGGUCUUCCGGGUCAUUCUGGACUACAUCUAUACAGGCCGUCUCACUGAUGGGGACCCUGCCUCUCCCACCGAACCCAACCUGGGUGCUGUUUUGGCUGCGGCUAGCUACCUGCAGCUGCUCGACUUAGUAGCUCUGUGUAAAAAGAAACUCAAAAGAAAUGGCAAGUACCCUCCUCGCACCGCUCCCGCCUUCCUGCCUUAUGCAAAGAUGGGUGGUAUGGGGUUAGGCAGCGGAGGCCGCUACAGGGUUUCCACUCCUGUCAUCCAGUCGUGUCCUCCUGGGGGGAUUAUGAACAGCCACACAUCCCGGCCUCCACCGCUUGAGGAGCUUGUUCCCCAUCGGCUCGCCAUCCAUGCUGGCGAGCUGUACGCCCCCACCUCCACCCAAGGCCCUCAGGCCUUCCCAUCCAUGCAGUCUGUGCUGCCGGCUCAGCUUAGCUUACGUUCAGCGCUUCCGGAGAGGAACUGCUCCCCGAACUAUGGCCUGGAUCUCUCCAAGAAGAGUCCUAACUCCCAGUCUCAGCACACCCCCUCCCAGUCCCAUGUGGUCAGCACCCACAAUGACGAGGAGCGCGACGGGACCCUGAGCGGACGCACAAGCCCCACACAGGGAGCCAACGGCAGGGUCUUUCCCUCUGAAAAAAUGGAGACGACAGAUCAGACAAGUGCUCUCACUCCACCGCCCUUUCCCCACAACCAACCCCUUGGCCCCCACCUCCCCCACCUUCAUCGCUCGGGCUCACAGGGCACUGACCGCUACCCGUGCCCGCCAAGCCCGGACACCCUCACCGAAAUCGGUGAGGCCGGAAGAGAAGUGGGCAACAUCUACCGCUGGGUAAAACAUGAGCCGCUGCCGUACACGGCAGAGGACGAGGAUGAAGAUGAGGAUGAGGAGGAAGGGGGUGAAAAUGGAGAGCGGCGGCACAAGGAAGAGAGCGAGGGGCCAGACGACAAGAGUGGCUCCGGCACUGAGGAGACUGGCAGCAGUGAAGGCCGCCCAUCCCCUUCCGGACCCAUGGGGAGGUUCCACGUUCCGUACGAGCCGGAGAGUUUCGGUGACAAUCUCUACGUGUGCAUCCCCUGUGACAAGGGCUUCCCGAGCUCGGAGCAGCUCAACGCGCAUGUGGAGACCCACACAGAGGAGGAGCUGUAUGGCAACUCGGGGGGCGAAAUAGGAAACAGUAACAACGGCAAGAACAUCAGCAGCAGCACGAACGGUUACGGCGGGUUGAGCGGGAGUGGCACCCUGAACAUCCUGUCCCACUUGGAGACAAAGUCCAGCCAUGCUUUGGCUUCAGGGGCCAUCGGGGAGAUGAUCCGUCCGUACCGCUGUUCCUCCUGCGACAAGUCCUAUAAGGAUCCAGCAACUCUGCGGCAGCAUGAAAAGACCCACUGGCUUACCCGGCCGUACCCGUGCAGCAUCUGUGGCAAAAAGUUCACCCAGCGCGGCACUAUGACGCGCCACAUGCGCAGCCACCUGGGCCUCAAGCCCUUCGCCUGCGACUCCUGCGGCAUGCGCUUCACUCGCCAAUACCGUCUCACCGAGCACAUGCGCAUCCACUCUGGGGAGAAGCCGUACGAGUGCCAAGUGUGCGGUGGGAAGUUCGCCCAACAGCGCAACCUGAUCAGCCACAUGAAGAUGCACAGCAGCGGGGGCACGGCCGGCGGCCUGACCGCCGAAAGCAAGCUGAAGCUGGACUUUGCAGAGGGCAUCUACCCCCUGAGCAAGUACACCGCCGAGCACCUGGGGCUCAAGCAGGAGAAGGCCAAUGAGCUCCUUCUCCAGGCACAGCAGCAGCUGGUGGCCGACGCCAAGGCCAUGGAGAGCCUCUACCCGCUCUCCAAACUGGCGUCGGAGCACCUCGGGGCUCUCGGCCAUGACAAGAUGGACGUCUUAUGCCAAGCCCUCACCCCUCCCCAGCAGGGCCUCUCUGAGGUCCGCACCAUUGACCGCUACUCGCCCAGCUAAGACCAUCGACCACCACAUGCCACACACAGUAUUCUGACGCUGUUCACCUCAAGUAAAUAACCCCUGUGCACCUCAGACUAUGUCGACUGUAAGUGCCUUUCUAUGCAUCUAACCUUUGAAGCCUCCUACCACAAGGAGCACUGUGCUAUCUAUCCUGUGACCAAAGGACACUUGCCUGAGAGCAGUAUUUAUGUCUGUGUAUGCAAAAAACAACAAUUCCAGCCAUUGAGCCAAAGCAUCAAAAAUUUCUUAAAAUGCGUAUUUAUAUUUUUGUAUUAUGACAUCCAAAGAGAAGCUUAAACCCUUAAACCUGUGUUAUGAGAAUCAAGUGUAAAAGAUUCAGGGUUUGUGUCCAGAUCUGAGUGCGUCAACUCAUCUGGACUUCAAAACAAUGGGAGUUUUCCUUUCUUGAGUUUUCCACAAUGUGUUAAUUUGGAGUCACUGAUGGAUCAUGUCUUCGGUGCAGGCAGUGUGGGUUCAGUUCCCGCUCAGAACGUGACUGUGAAUGGUUGUCUGUCUCUAUAUUUGGCUUUUGCCUUGACUGGCAAUCAGUCCAAGGUGUACUCUGCCUUUCGCCCUAAAUCCGCUGGGAUAGGCUCGAGCUACCCACAAUCCUGAAUAGGAUAAGUGGUAUAGAAAAUAUAUGUACUGUAUGUAUGGCUAGAUGGUGUUAAUUUCGCGUUAUUAAACAGUUGAUAACACUCAA